AUGAAGAAGCCUGCUGCAAAGUCGAAGGCGAUGAAGGCCAUGAAGGCCAACAAGGCCAUGAAAGCCAUGAAGGCCAGCAAGGCGAUGAAAGCCGUGAAGGCCAUGAAGAGCAUGCCGGCGAAGAAGCCAGCGAUGAAGGCCAUGAAGACGGAGCCCGCCAAGAACGAUGACAGGAAGAAAGAUGACGACAAGAAGCCGGCCGAUGACAGGAAGAAAGAUGACGACAAGAAGCCGGACGAUGACAGGAAGAGCUAUGACGACACGAAGCCGGGCUUGCCAGACUGGGCGGUAGGACUGGCGGACUUCAGGUCGCAGUUGCAUGGCCGGUCCGUGGUGGAGGUGGCCCAGGUGGAGGAGAGAAGAGUGAUCAUGUUCGAGUCGGUCUCUUUGACCGAUUCGAUCGAGGCAGUCCUCGAGCGCAUGGAGGACACUGGAUGUGGUGACUCCAGCGAUGAGUAUGUUGCUGUGGGCAUGGCCGUGUGUGUCAUCAAAAAAAAGAAAGAUGACUCGAAGAAGGACGAUGACAGCAUGGACGAUGAUGACGAAAAGAAGGACAACGACAGCGAGAAAGAUGAUGACAAGAAGAAGGACAACGACAGCGACACGUCAUCAUCGUCAUCGACUCGUUGGAUUUCCCGUGCAGCUGGCUGCGAAUUCUUCCCUGGUGCCGAUAGCCUGGUCUCUGCAGAUGCACCGGAUGAUGCCAAGGAUGCUCCUGGUGAACAUGAGGACCGGGGCGCUGGGGUUCAUUGGCAUUCGCUUGGAAGCUUGUCUCCCGGUCAGGCUGAUGCUCUGGUUCUCGACGACAAGGUAGGGAAGAGGCCUUCGGUUCCUACGUGCCCGUGCGCUUGUUGCUCCCUUGAGGCCGGUGAUGCCGUGGUUGAAGACAACACCGACAAGGUUGGGCCCCAAACAUGCGUUGGCAAAAUGGCACCCCUGGCCUCGUUCCGUGCUCGCACCCCAUAA